CUGACGGUGUCGUACGUGGCAUAAUAACAGUGGCCCAGACACUCGCGGCGUGAUAUUUAGGGGUUUAGCACGACACCGCCUCAUAACCACCAGUGAUCGACUCCAGCAUAGCCGAGCCGCGCUUUCCUGAAGCAGCCCAGACACCACCGCGGCGAGGGGUGCUGCGUCACCACCACCGCGGCCAGGAGGUUGUCAGGCCACCACCACCGCGGCGAGGAGGUUGUCAGGCCACCAUCACCACCACCACGGCCAGGAGAUUGUCAGGCCACCACCACCGCGGCCAGCAGAAGGUUGUCAGGCCACCACCACCGCGGCCAGCAGGAGGUUGUCAGGCCGCCACCACCACCACCGCUGCCAGCAGGAGGUUGUCAGGCCACCACCACCACCACCACCAGCGGCAUGGCGUCUGCAGGGAAGGGGUCGGGCGACAACCCCGAGGAGUGUCCAGCGUGCCUGACAGGCUUUGAUGACUUAGUACAGCGGCCACGCACUCUGCCCUGUGGCCACACAGUCUGCACACUGUGCAUAGAUAAGCUGAAGGAGCAGGGCCGUGUUACCUGUCCGGAGUGCCGCGUCAGCCAUGCCGUGCCCGAGGGCGGGCAGUUCCCUGUCUGCUAUAUAGUUGAGGCCUUCAUAAGAAGGAUGAGAGAUGUCAAGGCGGCAGCAGCAGCAGCCUCGCCGCCACCCAGUGCCGGGAAGGGGAAAGGGGCGGCAGGAUCAGCUGGCAAGAAGGGAGCAGCGGGUCUCUCCAAGAAAAUGCGUUUCUUUCUGCAGGAACAGGAGGCCACAGUUGUGGCCGCCAUCACCGCCUGCCAGGAGGCUCAGUCCCAGAUGGACCAGUAUGAGGCCACCCUGACAGGCUGGGACGAGCGGCAGCAGCAGCUGGAGGACAGCCUCCAGGGACUGAUGGACCAGAGCAGGAGUUCCAGGGAGCUCCUGCGGCAGGAAACGUUCCGUGUGGCACCGAAGAGGAAGGAGGCAAAGAAAAAGGAGCAGGAGCUGCAGGCUGUGCGGGAGAAGUUGCGCACUCCUGCAACAGAGCAAGAGGCAUGCAUGGCAGUGAGUGAAGUGGUUCACUGCAUUAGUGAGGCGAAGCAGGUGUUGAAGGAGUGCCAGCAGUGUUUCCCUGACGCCGGCAUCCUCACCACCGCCAGGAAGGCUAGAGAGGCAUCUAGUGCAGCCGUGGAGGCCGCCCAGGCUGUACAGGCGGCUCUGGAAACUGUUUCUACAGAAGAGCUUAGGCCCCAGUCAGUCCCAGAAGAACCCAGGCCCCAGUCAGUCCCAGAAGAACCCAGGCCCCAGUCAGUCCCAGAGGAACCCAGGCCCCAUUCAGACCCAGAAGAACCCAGGCCCCAGUCAGUCCCAGAAGAACCCAGGCCCCAGUCAGUCCCAGAAGAACCCAGGCCCCAGUCAGACCCAGAAGAGCCCAGUUCCCAGUCAGUCCCAGACUUCACCGUCAUGGAAAAAGUGCAGUUCAUCUUAGAGCCAAGCUUGAAGGCCAAGGACUUCCGCAGUUUGACACAGCGCACCAGGAGCCUGCUGCAGGCUGGCUGGGUGUUUGCUGUGCAACAGGUGGUAGGUCAGCGCCGACGACACGCAAGAAUAAGCCUCGAAGCCGACCGGCCGUGCCUCCAUUCCCUGCAGGACCAUCCCCUGACACUGGGCGCGGCAACCCUGCAGGUCAGCCAGGUCGUGCCGCCCUCCCCCCCCUGCACGGUGUUCUUGGACCUGUCCUGGCCGGGCCGUGCGCCGCGCCGGGUUCACAUCCGUCUGAGCCCCGACACCCAGCGGGGCCGCCAGUUCCUUCAGCUGUGCACGGGGCAGCGCGGCCCCUCCUACCAAGGCACCAGGUUGUUCAGCGUGUUGGACAAGGGGGCGUCGGGAGAGUGGGUGUGUGGCGGGGACUACGAGAGUAAUGAUGGUAAGGGGAAAUGUGUGCUGCUGCCUGGCCUUGAGGUGGGUGAGUGCUCGAAGCUGAGGUCAUACCAGGCAGGGACAGUGUGGGGGUGGGGGAAGCAGGGUGUGUUUAGCAUCUUCACCAAGGGCGGUCUGAGUGUUGUGGGGCGUUAUGUCUUCGGUAAGGUGGUGGAGGGACUGCACGUGGUGGCCGAGGCAGCCCAACACAGCGACAUUAUGGAGGUGACUGUGGUGGACUGUGGCGUGAUGUUGUGAAGGUAUACUGGCCUGCACCACCACCACCACAACAACAUUAUGGAGGUGACUGUGGUGGACUGUGUGUGGUGUUGAGGGUACUUGCCUGCAGCACCCCCACAACAUUAUGGAGGUGACUGUGGUGGACUGUGGCGUGGUGUUGUGAGGGUAUACUGGCCUGCACCACCACCACCACCACCACCGCAGAAUUAUGGAGGAGAUUGUGGUGGACUGUGUGUGGUGUUGAGAGUACUGGCCUGCACCACCACCACCACAACAUUAUAGAGGAUAUUGUGGUUGUUUUCUUAAUGUAUUGUUGUUUUUAUUUCCUGCAACAUCAAGUUCAGUAUAAUGUGUUGGUCAGUUUCUUGUACUAUUGAGCACGAUGUUUUGUACACUACAGUAAUCCCUCCUUAUACACGGAGGUCAGGUUUCAAAUUAGACCGUACUUUAAGAAAAAUCGAGUAUAACUACAUUAGACACUGGGAAAGGACAGAAAAUUAAAGUUUACCCACUUUUACUCAAAUUACUUAGUGUUCUUUUGCUGUGAAUUUCCCUUUUCUUCUAACACAUAAUUUUGAACGAAAACAUUGUCAGUUAUCAAAGGCUUCAUUAACACAUUACCACGUCCUGGUCCACCGGUGUACCAAUAACUACGGACAUUCCUUUAUGGGGAGUUGGUCCAGCGGUGUACCAGUAGCUACGGACAUUCCUUCAUGGGGAGUUGGUCCAGCGAUGUACCAGUAACUACGGACAUUCCUUCAUGGGGAGUUGGUCCACCGCUGCACCACUAACUACGUACAUUCCUUCAUGGGGAGUUGGUCCAGCGGUGUACCAGUAACUACGUACAUUCCUUCAUGGGGAGUUGGUCCAGCGGUGUACCAGUAACUACGUACAUUCCUUCACGGGGAGUUGGUCCAGCGGUGUACCAGUAACUACGUACAUUCCUUCAUGGGGAGUUGGUCCAGCGGUGUACCAGUAACUACGUACAUUCCUUCACGGGGAGUUGGUCCAGCGGUGUACCAGUAACUACGUACAUUCCUUCAUGGGGAGUUGGUCCAGCGGUGCACCAGUAACUACGUACAUUCCUUCACGGGGAGUUGGUCCAGCGGUGUACCACUAACUAUGUACAUUCCUUCACGAGGAGUUGGUCCAGCGGUGUACCAGUAACUACGGACAUUCCUUCACGGGGAGUUGGUCCAGCGGUGUACCACUAACUACGUACAUUCCUUCACGAGGAGUUGGUCCAGCGGUGUACCAGUAACUACGUACAUUCCUUCACGGGGAGUUGGUCCAGCGGUGUACCACUAACUACGUACAUUCCUUCACGGGGAGUUGGUCCAGCGGUGUACCAGUAACUACGGACAUUCCUUCACGGGGAGUUGGUCCAGCGGUGCACCAGUAACUACGUACAUUCCUUCACGGGGAGUUGGUCCAGCGGUGUACCAGUAACUACGUACAUUCCUUCACGGGGAGUUGGUCCAGCGGUGUACCAGUAACUACGUACAUUCCUUCACGGGGAGUUGGUCCAGCGGUGUACCACUAACUACGUACAUUCCUUCACGGGGAGUUGGUCCAGCGGUGUACCACUAACUACGUACAUUCCUUCACGGGGAGUUGGUCCAGCGGUGUACCACUAACUACGGACAUUCCUUCACGGGGAGUUGGUCCACCGGUGUACCAGUAACUACGGACAUUCCUUCACGGGGAGUUGGUCCAGCGGUGUACCAGUAACUACGUACAUUCCUUCAUGGGGAGUUGGUCCACCGGUGUACCAGUAACUACGUACAUUCCUUCAUGGGGAGUUGGUCCACCGGUGUACCAGUAACUACGUACAUUCCUUCAUGGGGAGUUGGUCCACCGCUGUACCAGUAACUACGUACAUUCCUUCAUGGGGAGUUGGUCCACCGCUGUACCAGUAACUACGUACAUUCCUUCAUGGGGAGUUGGUCCACCGCUGUACCAGUAACUACGUACAUUCCUUCAUGGGGAGUUGGUCCACCGGUGUACCACUAACUACGUACAUUCCUUCAUGGGGAGUUGGUCCACCGCUGUACCAGUAACUACGUACAUUCCUUCAUGGGGAGUUGGUCCACCGGUGUACUACUAACUACGCACAUUCCUUUGCCCUGAUGUAUGCCAUUAGUACACUUCUUUACGUUGUGUGUCAGGGACCUAACUGUGUCCAGGCAGAGGUGAUUGAAAACCUCUCCUUUACGUGUGCUUGUCUUGCCACAGGGAACUAACUGUGUCCAGGCAGAGGUGAUUGAAAACCUCUUCU